GGGAUUGAGGCUCUCGCAUUGGCCGCUGGGCAGGGGGCAGGUCUUAAAGGCAUUGCACGUUUGCAUAACUUUUAUUGCCCGCCGACCUUCAGUAGGCCGAGAGGCAGGCGGGGUCCACCCCCCCCCAUCCCCAGUGCAGCCAGGAGGAGCAUCCCUCCCUCCCUCCGCAGAGAGAGGGGCUGCUGCCCCCGCAGCUGGUGCUUCUACUUGCAGAAAAAGUAGUUCAAGGAAGCCAGAGAUGUCUCUGCAAGGCAAAAAGAGAAGCAGAGCAACAUUGGCAGAUAAAGAGAGGCCUGCUGCUAAAUUUGCCAAAGGUAAGAUUCAGGAGGAGGAAGAACUCAUGAUGCCUGCAGCUAAGGAGAGGAGUUCAAAGCCCGUGGGGAGCAGCACAGGAAAGGCUACCAAGAAGACGGCCUGCCCUAGUGCACAGGGAAGCAAGCAAGCGUACAGCCACUGGCUGAUGAAAUCAGAGCCGGAGAGCAGGUUUGAGAAGGGAGCGGAUGUGAAAUUCGGCAUUGAAGACUUAAAGGCUCAACCCAAUCAGACAGCAUGCUGGGAUGGAGUCAGGAAUUACCAGGCACGGAAUUUCAUGAGAGACAUGAAAGUUGGGCAAGAAGCAUUUUUCUAUCACAGUAACUGCAAAGAGCCUGGGAUUGCUGGAAUUAUCAAGAUUGUGAAGGAGGCUUACCCAGACCACACUCAAUUUGACAAGAAGGACCCUCACUACGAUUCCUCCAGUACCAAGGAGAACCCUAAGUGGUCCAUGGUGGACGUCCAAUUUGUGCGGAUGACUAAGCGCUUCAUCCCCCUGUCCGAGCUGAAGGCUCACUACCAGGCGCACAGAGCUUCGGGAGGCCCGCUGAAGGACAUGACGCUGUUCACCAGGCAGAGGCUCUCUGUCCAACCCCUGACAGACGAGGAAUUUGAAUUCGUCUUGAGCCUUGAAGAGAAACCAAGUUAGACAGACUGCAGCAACGGGGCCCAUUGAGGCUGAAAAUGCCCCCCGGUCCAGCCAGAACCCUUCCUUCCAAAUUUAUAUUCUUAAACCCAGCCCCAGGGAAGACUCUGCGAGCGGACCAAAAGGAGGUGUAUAUAUUCACUGUUAUUUUGGUGCACUGUGCUUAUGUUUAAAUAAAGCUUUUUUAAAGUUA